AUCUAAGGCUGUCAUGCAGGGGAACUUCUUUUACUAAAUGAAUGGUUGUCAGAUGGAUCGCAGAUGAAGCAACAAUGGGCUAAUUGCACAAUCAGUCACAAUCGCUUCCGCGGUUUUUUUCGGUGUGGGUGUCAUGAUGAGUAUGCUACCUGAGUAGCAAUGUAGUAAAGACGUGUCCAAUAAAGACAGGAUGACAGGGCAAGUUGGCGUCAGAUCAUUGUGCUACAGGUCUAUGCUGAAGUCUGAGAUGCCACAUCGUUUAAGUAUUACACUUGGUGAUUCAACGCCAGUGGUAAUGACACAGAAGACAUGUUCCUGUGUGGCAGGCACUGCUUUAUGCAGCCACAUAGUGGCCCUGCUUUAUCAAACGGCACACUAUUCACAACUUGAAAUACCAGUGGUACCCCCUGUUCAUAGCUGCACAGAGUCAGAACAGCAAUGGCACAAGCCAAGAACUAUGGGUGUGAAGCCUGGACCCAUCAACGCCAUGGUCUUCACCAAGCCAGUACCAAAGCGAAGGGUACAGACUGGAGUAAGGAGUGGAUUCUACAGAGGCCUGGUCGGUCCAUUACCUGAUCCCUGCAUGUUCCGAAUAUCAGAAGCAUACAGUCGCUUUAGCCUUGAGGAUCAGCCACUUGUAACCACCAUGAACAUGAGGUCUGACCAGCCCCUUGUGGAAAUUGGCAUCGGGUUAGUGCAAAAGGGAAGUGUAUUGUCCUAUCAACAGCCUGCACAGAAGACCCGGUACAUCACACAUAUUCAUGACACGCCACCAACACCACACUUGCCGCUGGAUGGACAUGAUUGCACACCAUCAGAUUGUGCAUUUGUAUGUACCAAGGAGCAGCAGCUUCACCUAAACAGUUUGUCCGUGUCCAUGGAAAUGGCAAACAAAAUUGAAAUAGCUACACGAGAACAAAGUUGUUGCCCUGAAUGGUUUGAGCUCCGAAAGCCGCGGGUGACCGCCUCUAGGUUUCGGGAGAUCUGCCAUGUCAAAGGCCAGAGCUCUGCUGAGUAA